GCCGACCAGCGGAGCUUCACGUUCGAUUUGGAGCGAACCAACUCUCAGAAGAGUCCGGAGCGUCCGGACAGCACCCAGGACGUCCUGAGGGACGUGGGGAUCUGGAACGCUGGCUGAGCCGCGGGGGAGGGCGCGCGUGGCCGACAGCCUCACCCCGCCACCCCCGCGAGCUCCCGCACGGUCCGCCCCGGAGCGCGCGCGCUGCUCGAAGCGCCCGGCGAGCGAGGCUCCCAGACAGUUGAGUGCCGAGGCUUCGGCUGCGGGCUUGGGCGUGUGCUGCCAUGGAUCCCGAGACCCGCGAACUGCGCGUACUGGAGGCGGAGGUCGCGGCGCUGCAGCGGGAGUGCAGAAUGCUGCAGAAGUCCGUGGAGAAGACGUCCGGAGCCCGGAAAUCAUUUCAGAAAACUUCCCAGUCAGAUUCUGGGAGAUCCUUGACAGACCUGGAAAGUCAGCUUGGACGUUUAAGAUCUGAACUCUCAUUUCUGAGUAAACUUACUGGCAUCAAUAUAAGAAACUAUUCCAAGGUCGAGGACGCUGUAAACACUGAAGUGACAGAAAAGGAUACAAAGAAAGUUCUACAGAGACACAGAUUAUCAGGAAAUUGCAACAUGGUUACAUUUCAACUGGAAUUUCAGGUUCUGGAAAUUGAGACUGAAGGGAAAUUAUCUUCUGUUAUAACUGACCUCAGUAUAAUAAUGGAACCCACAGAAUAUUCAGAAUUAAGUGAAUUUGCAUCUAGAGCAGAAGAAAAAAGAGAUUUGCUCUGGUUUUUCCGAAGUCUGCAUUUUUUCGUGGAGUGGUAUGAGUAUCGUGAGAACACAUUUAAGCAUUUUAAGGAGAAGUACCCAGAUAGCUUGUACCUCUCAGAGGGCACCUGUUCCCACUGCAUGGAGAUCCACAGUGCCAGACAGCCAGGGUUUGAACUGGUGAUUGUUUGGAGGAUACAAAUAGAUGAUGAAGGGAAAGUUUUCCCAAAGCUGGACCUUCUCACCAAAGUCCCAGAGCGAGCCAUGGAGCUGGACAAGAACAGGGUCAUAGAAACUGCUCCUCUGAGUUUCCGAAGCCUGCUGGGAGUACUUGGAAUUGAAGCUGCUCUAGACAGCCUUAUAAGAUUGUUCAGUGCGGAAAACAACUAGCUCCCCUCUGGCAGCACACAGGAAUAUGAUGCUGGCCUGAGGAACAUGUGACUUCUGCCGCAUGUGAACAUUUCUCUUUUCCAGUCAGAAACUAUAUCCUUCUGACCAUGCAUUUGUGGGUCCAUUACAUGUGAACUCCCAUGGCAUGAAAAUAAAGCUUUUCAGAUAUGUUAA